AUGCCCCGCCUCCGGGUCGCUAUAGGUACGUGUGGCAGCGGCUGGGGGCUCUCGAGGGUGAGCGCACAGCGGACCGAGCGAGCGAGCGAGAAGUUCAACAUAUAAAGCUGAUCUGAGCAGAGAAGAUUCGGUUGGGUCCUGAGAGUUGAUUCCAAGACAAUGUUGCGGAAGACAGUGCUCUUACUGGCCCUGGUGACCCAGGUGCUGAUGCUGGAGAAUGGGCUCCUGAGAACGCCACCCAUGGGCUGGCUGGCCUGGGAACGUUUCCGAUGUAACAUUGAUUGUGACCAGGACCCAAAGAACUGCAUCAGCGAACAGCUCUUCAUGGAGAUGGCUGACCGGCUGGCCCAGGACGGAUGGCGGGACCUAGGUUAUGUAUACCUCAACAUCGAUGACUGCUGGAUUGGCGGGCGGGAUGCCAGUGGCCGCCUGAUAGCGGAUCCCCAGCGCUUCCCUCAUGGCAUUGCCUUCCUGGCUGACUACGCUCAUUCCCUGGGUCUAAAGCUGGGCAUCUAUGAGGACAUGGGCAAAAUGACCUGCAUGGGUUACCCCGGCACCACUCUAGACAAAGUGGAGCUGGAUGCCGAAACCUUCGCCGAGUGGAAGGUGGACAUGCUGAAGCUGGAUGGCUGUUACUCCACAGACGAAGAACGUGCAGAGGGGUAUCCCAAGAUGGCUGCUGCCCUGAAUGCCACAGGCCGUCCCAUUGCCUUUUCUUGUAGCUGGCCAGCCUAUGAAGGGGGCCUCCCCCCCAAGGUGAACUACACUCUGAUGGCCAAAACCUGCAAUCUCUGGCGCAACUAUGAUGAUAUCCAGGACUCCUGGAAGAGCGUGGUCUCCAUUGUGGACUGGUUUGUGAAAUACCAGGACAUACUGCAGCCGGUGGCAGGUCCCGGACACUGGAAUGACCCAGACAUGCUGAUCAUCGGGAACUUCGGCCUCAGCUUUGAGGAAUCCCGGGCCCAGAUGGCCCUGUGGACAAUACUGGCAGCCCCCCUCUUCAUGUCCACGGACCUGCGUACCAUCUCCCCUCAGAACAUGGACAUCCUUCAGAAUCCACUCAUGAUCAAAAUCAACCAGGACCCCUUAGGCAUCCCAGGACUCAGGAUCUUCAAGAGUGAAUCCCAAAUCGAAGUGUACAAGCGGCACCUGUCCAAUGAGGCCAGCGCCCUGGUCUUCUUCAGCCGCAGGACAGACAUGCCUCACCACUUCCACUCCUCCCUCUUGGACCUGAAAUACCCCAGAUCCAGAGUAUAUGAGGGCCAGAAUGUCUUCACAGGGGACAUCAUCAGUGGCCUCAAGAGUGAAAGCAGCUUCAGCGUGGUCAUCAAUCCUUCGGGGGUUGUGAUGUGGUACCUAUAUCCCAUCAAGAGCCAGGGGCUCUCCUCGCAGAUGUCCCGGUUGUGAGGACCCAAGGAUGACAGGCUAUGGCAGCCCCCCUGAGCCUGGACCAUGGAGCCUUGGCAUGCCAAGGACAUGGCAGGAUUCUGUCCUCCCCAGGCUGCUUGGCGAUGUGACCCCCAUCAUACCCAAAGUGCAUUGCAGGGCCAGUUUCCAUGCCCUGCCAGAGCAGGGGCCCUCUUGGAAACUAAUCUUGGGGCGGUUUCCUGUGGCCUUCUGGCCUCUGCCUCCACAGCUUUGCAGAUAUUGCUGAACAACUUGGCCAGCCACCUGAGCCCCCACAGGCAGGGCACUGAUGCCCAUGGGACUCUAGCCUCUGACUUUGCUGACUCAGAAAUCAGGAUUUGGAAUUUUUCGAAUUAAGAAUAGAGAGCUGACUCGGUGCCAGGAACUCUCACAAAUCACGUGAUUGGCCUUCCUCCUGGAGAAGGCCUUUACAAUUGACACCUCGGGGAGCGAGGGAUGGAUUGGAGACCUUAGCUCCCUUGGGUCACCAAUAAAGCUGUUUAUUUUUUAACUCUUCUCUAA